CAAGCUCGAGCCUGGACCCUCGGAUCUCACCGACACAGCAGUUCUGAAAGGAGAGCCCCCAGCUCGAUUUCAGACAGCCUUUUUAUUAGCAGAGAAGCAGAACUAGGGACUUUCUAAACGGGGUCAAUGCUUAAUUGGUUAACAUUUUGCAAGUGCGGGUGUGUUUUCGCAAUGCUCGAUUGGCCCAGGCCAGAUGUCCCUCCUUGUCCUAACCACAAGUUUUUGUAAGAUGAACAAAAGAGCACAUCUGGUGACAACUUAUGGAAACAGUCAUGGGUUUUUCCAAGAACUGGGUAAAAGGGCGCGUUGGGGUUUUUCCAGUAACUGGGCAGCGACCUGAUCGCAAAAUAGAGUUUAGCAAAAUGGAGUCAGUUUGAUGUCCACAGUGUAGUUUACCUGAAGUUUCUUCAUUUCUUCAAAAAUUAUAUUCCUUUUUUUUUUUUUGGAUACAUCUAUUUUCUUGGCUAAAACGAGUACAUUGAGAGAACCAUUGUGACAAAAACAUGUCCAGGAAGCCAGGUGGCUGACAGGAAGUUUCUGACCAUGCUUGACAUCGGCCCCUCCCUCUACUCCCUUGUGCUCAGACCCUGGCUGGAUCCCUCACAACUGUGACUUCUCCGCGGUGUGGUGAUUCUGGCAUUAUUCUAGUACACUUUUGACCCCAUGCUGAGGGGCGAGUCAAAGGAAGAACCCUCGGAGUCCCUUAAGAAGACAGGAUAUUCAGGCGUGUUGGUGCAUAGCUCUGAUGCCAGCACUGGGGAGGCUGAUGCAGGAAGCUCACAGCUAGCUCAAAGGCAGCCUGGGUAUGUGGCGAGUUCAACAACAGCCGAAACUACACGACCAGGCUAUACCUAAAAGAAAAAAACUCUUCAGUGGAAGAUCUGAAAAUUCAGGAGCAAGCUCUGCUUAUAUUCAGUGAUCCUUCCAGUUAAGGGAGGCGGACUUCUUGGAGUCACAGUCAUUUAGUGGCUCAGGUCGCUCAGGCAGCGGUUUGUCUCAGCUGUCGCUCUCAGCGCAGCGGAUUGGCUGCGGAACGGCAGCCAAUCACUGACUAAAGGGCGGGCAUUAUGACCUGUCCAAUCAGAGGGAAGCAGGAAGUAGGGCCGGUGUCAUGGCGUCCACUCGUUCCCCCCGAGUGCUCUGCUGAGGUCUACACCACCUGUCUAGACCGCGUUACUCCAUAGCUUCUACGGGCUCUGUGCUGGCUGCGUGUGAAGGACUCCGGGAGACUUUCAAGGCACAAAAUGGAGGCAGUGACCUUUGAGGAUGUGGCUGUGAACUUCACCGUGGAGGAAUGGGCUCUGCUGGAUCCAUCCCAAAAGAAGCUCUUCAGAGACGUGAUGUUAGAAACACUGAGGAACAUGUCUGCUAUACAACAAAAUUGGACUGACCAGCAUAUUGAAAAUGAUAGCGAACAUUGGAGAAAAAAUCUAAGACGUGAAGAUGUAGAGAAAGGCUGUCAAUAUAAAUUAUGGAAUCCACACAGAGACACGUCUUUUUGGACUCCAGACCCUAAUGUUAAUGUGAAAACACUUGGUUCACAGCCAGCUGAGAGCCUUGCUUGUAGAACUUCCCUGAUUGGUCAAGAAUCAACAAAUGUGCCCACCAGAGCUCACAGUGCAUUCAAAUCAUGUGAGUAUCAGGUAUUACAUGUGAAGCUGUCUGUGUGUAACGAACAUGGGGAAACCUGCAGUAAUUCCCUGUGCUCUCAGGAGCGUGCAGGAACAAACCCUGGAAAGAAACCCCACAAACAUAAGCACUGUGGGAAAUCCUACUCCGAUUGCAGUGAAGGGACCCUCACUAGAAAGAAGCCCUUUGUAUCCAAAGAAAAAGCUAAAACCUAUGAAUGUAAACAGUGUGGGAAAGCUUUCGGUAUGUACAGUUCUUUCAGAAGACACGGACAAACACACAACGGAGAGAAGUUGUACGUAUGCAAGCACUGUGGGAAAGCGUUUAGGAGAAAGAGCCAUUGUCAGAUACAUGAAAGUACUCACACUGGAGAGAAACCCUAUGUAUGUGAGCACUGUGGGAAAGCCUUCCCCACGAACAGCACUUGUAAACGACAUGAAAACACACACACACACACCGGGGAGAGGACCUAUGUAUGUAAGCAGUGUGGAAAGGCGUUUGCCACUCAAAGUUACUGUCGCAUUCAUGAGAAAAUUCACACUGCGGAGAAGCCUUACGCAUGUAAGCACUGUGGGAAAGCUUUCAAAAAGAAUGCCCAUUGUAAAAGACAUGAGCGAAUUCACACUGGGGAGAAACCCUACCUGUGUAAGCAGUGUGGGAAGGCCUUUGGCAGAAAGAGCCAUUGUAAAAGACAUGAAAGUACUCACACUGGAGAGAAGCCGUGUGUCCUGAAUCGUUGUGGGACAGCUCUCGUCACGCAAGAUAGUUGGAAAAAACAUGAGAGGACCAACUGUACAGAGAAACCCUACGUGUGUAAGCACUGUGGGAAAGCUUUCACCACUCGUAGUUACUGUCAGACCCACGAAAAGUAUCACACUGUGGAGAAACCCUAUGUGUGUAAGCACUGUGGGAAGACUUUCAUCUGUAAUAGCUCCUAUAAAAUACACGAAAGAACACACACUGGGGAGAAGCCCUAUGUAUGUAAACAGUGUGGGAAAGCAUUCACCACUCUGCAUUACUGUAAAAUCCAUGAGAAUGGUCACACUGAUAAGAAAACUCAUGUAGGUAAGCGGUGUUGAAAAGCAUUUACUGCUCACAGUUGUCAAAUCCAUGAAAAAUCUCGCACUGGGUAGAAACCUUAUGUAUGUAAGCAAAGGAGAAAAGCAUUUACCUCUUAGCAUUAAUGUCAAACCCAUGAAAAGCUCACGCUGCUAAGAAAUGCCGUGUAAGCAAUGCAGGAAAGCUUUUAUCUCUCACAGUCAUUGUCAAAUCCAUGAAAGAAAUCACACUGGAGAGGAGCCUUAUGUAUGUAAGCAGCGUGGGAAAGCCUUUCCUACUAGGGGUUCAUUUGGUGGAAACAAAAUGAGUCACAUGAGGGGCCGGGGAUUCAGCUCAGCGGUUCGGUGGCCUGCCUUGCAAGUGAAAGGACCCGAGUU